CUUUGCUUCACAUCAUUCAUCAAUCUUAAAUUAGUUAUGAAAAUAAAUUACAAAAGAGAAGACUUCCCUGAACCUGGAGACCAGUAUGUUCAAAAAGGAAUACAAAAGCUUAAUACAAGGGAUUACAGUCAGGCUUUGAAAUGCUUCGAAAAAGCAUCUACUUAUGAUAAUGAGCAUGGCCUUAUAUUUGUUGCCAUAUUCCAUCUAUUAAAGUUAGGUACAUCAAAAAGGGACCCGGAAAAGGCGCUUGUAUAUUUCAAAAAGGCAGCUUUGCUAUGGCUAAGCCCUGUGGCACAAUAUCUUAUAGGAAUGAUCUAUUUUGAGGGGGAUGAAGGGAUCGUACAGAAUUACGAAGAAGCAUUCAAGUGGCUUCUAAUAGCAGCAAAAAAUGGAUGGUCUGAUGCCAUGGGACAUUUAGCAAAUGCUUAUAGUAUUGGUGACAUCGUAAAAAAAGAUCUUAGCAAAGCGAUAUAUUGGCUUAAGCAGAUUGAAAAAAAGGAUGAUAAUGCAAACGAAUGCAUCGAAAAUAAUACAGUAUGCUUAUUUGGAAAUUGUGUAUUUGAAGUUGAUAUGAAUUUUGUAGAAGAAGAAAUGAAAAAAUUAGUAAAAGAAGCAUCAACCAGACGUCUAGCAUCGUUUCCCAUUCAUGCGUCAAUUCAAAUUAGUCUUCGUUACACAGAUUCGGAGGUUGAUAUGAUAGAUCAAGCGUUUUGGUGGGAUACAAUGUCAAAUACAAAGUCAAGCAGCGUUGCCGCCUCUCAGUUUUCUCUGGCAAAAAUAUACGAGCUAAAUUUUCCUGAACCUGGGGAUAAAGAUCUCAAAAAAGGGGUGGAACAGAUUAAUAAAAACGAUCUGUUAAAGGCUUUGAAUCAUUUUGAGAAAGCGCAAAAUUAUGACAAUGAAUAUGCAACCCUCUUUGUCGCGAUAUUUAACUUUGUUGGGUUUGGCACAGAUAAAAGAAACCCCUUCAAAGCCCUGACUUUGUUAGAAAAAGUUGCAACGGAAUGGAACAACCGUGUUGCCCAAUAUGUUAUAGGAGCAAUGUACUUUGAAGGCGAUGAAAACAUCAAUCAAGAUUUCGAAGCAGCAAUAAAAUGGAUUACUCUAUCUGCAAAUAAUGGAUGGAUCCAGGCUAUGACCCACCUGGCUCAAUAUUACUACGUUGCAAAUAAAAAGAAUCAGGAUUUAGAAAAGGCUAUAUAUUGGUGCAAAAAAGUCAUAGAAAGCAACGACCAAGACGCAGCAUAUCUGUUUGGAAAUAAAUCAUUUAACGUUGUUAUAAAAAAGCAAGUGUCUGAGGUAUUUGCAACAGGACGAGACAAUUCUAUUCAAGGAGCCCAGUGCAUGGCAUCGUCCCAUUUGACAGAAAAGGAAAUUUUAUGUGAGGUUUAUCAAGUACUUUUCUGGGUUUUGAUGACAAACAAGAAGCCAAAUUUAGAGAAAAUCUGCCAAUUACUCUUGGUAGACAUUUACAGGGUCGGAGGAAAAAAUGUUGAGGUAGAUUUAGAAGAAUCGCUUUUUUGGUUUAAGAAAGCAAAAGAGGAUGAAAACUCCGGAGUAAAGCUAGCAGCAGAAUCAUUUUACGAUGAUGGCGUAGACGCAGAAAAAGAUUGUAAAGAAGUUAUGAAAUGGUACAUGAGAUCAAAGAAGUUUGGUCGAAUGUAUCUCUUUGGUAAUGGCACUGUACCUGAUUUUGGAACAACUUUAGCAUACCUUGAUGUAGUUCGAGAGCAAACUGAAAUUGGGGAGGUAUACUUUAUGAUGGGUUCUCUAUAUGAGUCUGGUAGCAAUGGAAUUAGACAAGACUAUUCGAAAGCAAUAGACUUUUAUUCGAAAGCAGUUGAAAACGGAUGCAGCAAAGCAUCCAUAUCUAUUGGGACAUUUUUCCUCUGUGGCCAGGGUACGAAGAAAAACGAGGCGAUGGCAUAUGAGUGGUUGGAUAAAGGAGCAUUGAUGGGGAAUGCACAAGCUAACUACAUGCUAGGUAAUAUGCAUUAUGAGGGGUAUAAAGGGAAAGUAGAUUUAGACAAGGCAUUGGAACAUUAUGAAAAAUCAAAUGAAGCUGGUUUUUUACCAGCAGAAACUAGAAUUGAAGAAGUUCUGAUGAUGAAAUCAAUGAUUGGCAUGAUUUUAACAGCCUGUUUCUUUAUUCCAAUCAUGAAAGUUUUAUACCAACUCAGUGAUUAUCCCGAACCCGGUGAUAAAGACCUAUUUAUGGGUAUACAGUUUAUGAAUCAGAAUGAUUAUACAAAUGCUUUACAUCAUUUUGAAAAGUCGUCUACUUACAACAAUGAAUAUGGGAUUCUGUUUUUUGCCAUCUUUAACUUUACCGGUCUGGGAUUGGAUAAAAGAGAUGUCAAAAAAGCUCUUAUUUAUUACAAUUUGGCUGCUACAGAAUGGCAAAACAGAGUGGCACAAUAUCUUUUAGGUAUGCUGUAUUUUGACGGUGAUGAAAACAUACCAGGUGAUUACAUUACAGCUAAGAAAUGGUUGACACUGGCCGCUGAUAAUAGAUGGAUUAGUGCUAUGGUGGUUUUAGGACAUGGUCAUCGAAAUGGAUGGUUCGGCAAAACAGAUCUCGAAAGGGCUAUAUUUUGGCUAGAAAAAGUUACAAAUAAUACAACAAAGGAUGAAGAUAUAGAUUUUUUAUUUGGUUCCAAACUUUUUAAAAUGGACAGGAGUCACGUUCCAACUGAAAUCAAGACAAAUAUAAGAAACAAAAGAAACCAAGGUCUAGCUUCACUUUAUCUUCUUGCAAAGACUGUUUCUCGCAACGACAACAAUGGCGCCAUGUAUCAAGAGCUGUUUUGGAAUCUAUUGACAAAUAAACAAUCAGAUUCUAUCGCCAUUGCCCAAAAGUUUUUAGGGAUGGUGUAUAUGGAUGGCGACAAAGUCAUAAAGAUAGACAGGGCAAAAUCUUUUCAUUGGUUUAAAAAUUCUGGAAUAAAUGGAAAUGCUGAAGCCUGUUCGGUCGUUGGGUCGUGUUAUAAGGAUGGAAUCGGAGUAGAACAUAAUACUCAAGAAGCCAUUAGAUGGUACGUUAAAGCUGCAGAAAUGGGCGGUGAUACCGAAGAGUUACAAGAUGCUGGUACAAACUAUUUCAAGAUAGGCCCCAAACGUGAUUACAAACUGGCCCUGCAAUAUUUUGAAGCCCUUAAUACAGUAACAGAAAGCGGUAAAGCCUGUUUCUUUAUGAGUAGCAUAUAUUUAGAAGGAGGCGAUGGUGUUAAACCAGAUUACAAAAAAGCCAUGAAGCUUGCCUUGGAAUCAAUGAAAAAAGGGUUUCCACCUUCUGCCUCAGCAAUUGGAAUGAUGUACUUGAAGGGUUUAGGAGUGAAGGAGGACGAAGUAAAAGCACACGAAUAUUUGUUGCAAGGUGUAUCAAUGAAGUGUCCAAGGUCAAUGUUUAUAUUAGGUGGAAUGUAUCAUGAGGGCUACCAGGGAAAAGUAGAUCAUGACAAGGCUCUAGAAUAUCUUUAUAUGUCGGUCGAAGCAGGCUUUUUACCUGCUCAGUACAUGAUUGAUCAGGUGACGAUGCUUCAAUCAAUGAAUACACUUGAAGUAUCCAGCCGAAAAAAUAACAAGACUAAGAAACGACGAACGAAAAAAUUUAAGUAAUGCCAUUGCCUCAUUGUAAUCAG